GGGUGGGGUUGAGCAAUGGGGCAGGUUGUGCAACGGCCCCUCCCGCCCCAUAUAGGCCCCGGGGGCGGCGGGGGGCCCCCGCACACCAUGGGGGUCCCGGUCGCCGUCUGCCUGGCCUGGGCCCUGGCCCUGGGCUGCGCCCACCCCCUGACCCACAGCAAACCGGAGGCAGCCGGAGAAGGGCCCCCCCAUGGGGCCGAGCUCCCCAGCAAUGACACCGACCUGGCUGAGCUCUGCGCCGACAAGGGGGGCUUCGACGCCGCCACGCUGAGCGAGAACGGCAGCAUGCUCUUCUUCAGAGGUGGGGGGCCGGGGGGGUGGGUGUUCCUCUCGGGGCGGGGGCACCGCCCGGUGCUGGGGUACCCGCGGGCGCUGCAGGAGGAACUGGGGGUGUCCCGCGCCGACGCCGCCUUCACCUGCCCCGGCUCCGCGCACCUCUACGUCAUCGCAGGGGACGGCGUGCGACGGGUGGACCUGACGCAGACGCCGCGGGUGGCGGGCGAGGCGACGUCGCUGCCCCACGACGGCGUGGACGGCGCCAUGUGCACCCGCGACGGCGUCUUCCUCUUCCGCGGCGCCGACUUCUACCAGUACCCCGGGGUGACCCAGCUGCUGGGGGCCCGGCAGCCAGCGCCCCCCCAGAACAUCGCCGCCCGCUUCUUCCGGUGUCCCCAGUGAGCGGGGACGGGGACGGGGACAGAGCGGUGACGCCGGUGACACCCGGGGCUCUGCUGGCGCCGGCCGGGACGUUGCGGGGGCACAAUAAAAUUCACCAAAAACA